AUGGAUACAAAUUACCGAAAAGCUAUUCCUAUCGAGAAAAGAGUGGCUAUAACAUUAUUUGCUUUAGGGUCAUCUGCAGAGUAUCGUAGUAUCGCCAACAUGUUCGGUGUAGGAAAAUCUACGGUUUGCGAAAUUUUACUGGAAUUUUGCACCGAAAUCUGGAGAUUACUGCAGCCAUCCUGUUUUAAAAUGUUGCCUCUAAACAGAGAAAAUAUAACCGAAUUGGUGACUGGUUUCGAGGUAAUUGGAUUCCCACAAUGCUUAGGAGCAAUUGACGGAUGCCACAUUGAGAUUCAUCCAUCAUCUGACGAAGGUGUGGAUUAUUAUAAUUAUAAAGGAUGGUAUUCCACCGUUUUAAUGGCAUUAGUUGAUGCUAAAUACCGUUUUACUUACAUAAACGUAGGAAGUCCCGGGCGAUGUAAUGACUCUCAAAUUUAUGAGACGUCAUCAGUUAAGAAAGAAAUAGAUAGUUGUCCUUUGCUAAGCGAAAUGUCUAGAGAAAUUUCAGGCGUAAAUGUGCCAGUAUUCAUUAUUGGGGAUUCGGCUUUUCGAUUUAGCAAACAACUAAUGAAACCGUAUCCAUUUAGCGUAAAUCAAAAUAAUGGUGAGAAGGUAUUCAACUACGCUCUUUCGAAAACAAGUAGAGUUGUCGAAAAUGCUUUUGGACACUUCAAGGCCCGCUUUCGACGCAUCGGAAAAGGAAUUGACAACUCUGUACGGAAUGCCAACUCCAUAAUAAAAGCAUGUUGCGUCCUUCACAAUUUUUUAAAUGAUAACAACGACACGCUAAACGCUAAAUGGUUACGCGCUUUGGAAGAGUUGGAGACUAGACGCCAGAAUCCGUGUGAUAUUUCAUAUGCAUCUGACGACCCAAUUAAUGGAGAAAUGAUUCGGACAGCACUUUGUACAUAUUUUG